CCUACCAUCCCGUGACCAACUCCAUCUUCAACCUUGCAAAACAUUGGCUUUAUACAUCUAUUUAUUCUUAGCCUUGGUUGAAAAUGUCUGGUGUCUGGGUUUUCAAGAACGGGGUGGUUCGGCUGGUGGAGAACCCAGGAGCUGAAUCACUAGAUGGAAGCCGGCAGGGGUCAAGUAUGCGGCGAAAAGUGCUAGUUCACUCCCCUAGUAAUGAGGUUAUAACUUCUUAUGCCGUUCUUGAACGCAAGCUAUAUUCUCUUGGGUGGGAGAGGUACUAUGAUGAUCCGGAUCUCCUUCAAUUCCACAAAAGAUCAACUGUUCAUCUCAUCUCUCUCCCCAAGGAUUUUAACAAGCUCAGGUCCAUGCAUAUGUAUGAUAUUGUCGUCAAAAACCGUAAUAUGUUUGAAGUAAGGGAUAUGUAGUACGUUGAUUACGUACGUCCUCAUAUACAGUCCUUUCUUUCAUGUUGGUGUGCAUUUUAGUCGUUUUUUUUUUUUUUUUUUGGCUUCUUUCUCAUCGUUUUGGUUUGUUGUAUCGUACAGUCUAUUUAAUAGUUUCUUCUCUAAUUUCGUGAUUUGGGUUUGUUUUUAAUUCUUACAUAGUCGUGUGUGCUAAUGUAGUCAGGGGCUUGCAAUUCGGUCGUGUGUCAACGUCGUCAUGUAAAUUAAUUUCUUCAGUUUCUUUUGGGAAUGAAAAGUGGGGUUUUUUUUAAUAA